GUUAUUGACCUACUUAUUCCCACAAAAUUUUCAAGGCCUACCAAAAAGCUACCUAUAUUUUCGAUCUAUUUCACUUUAAAUAACAUGGCUUAAGUCUGUGAAAGUGAAGAAGAAAAAGAAAACAAGAAAUGCCAGAAUAUUGUGUAACAGGUGGUACAGGUUUCAUUGCAGCUUACCUUAUUAAGGCCCUGCUUCUAAAGGGUCACAUUGUAAGAACAACUGUUCGUGAUCCAAAUAAUGCAGACAAAGUGGGGUUCUUGUGGGAGCUAGAGGGUGCUAAAGAGAGGCUCAAGAUUAUGAAAGCUGAUCUUCUAGUGGAAGGUAGCUUUGAUGAUGCCAUUCAGGGAGUUGAUGGAGUCUUUCAUACUGCUUCACCUGUUUUGGUCCCUUACGAUGACAAUAUUCAGAAAACACUGAUUGAUCCAUGUGUAAAUGGUACCUUGAAUGUACUCAACUCUUGCAAAAAAGCACCCACCUUGAAGAAGCUUGUGUUGACCUCUUCUUGCUCUUCAAUUAGAUACAGAGAUGAUGCUCAACAGAUAUCCCCUCUCAAUGAAUCCCACUGGAGCGACCUUCAAUAUUGCCAAAAAUACAACUUAUGGUAUGCUUAUGCUAAGACUAAAGCAGAAAAAGAAGCUUGGAGAGUAGCUGAGGAAUGUGGUAUUGAUUUGGUGGUGGUAAAUCCAUCCUUCGUUGUGGGACCUUUGCUUGCUCCUCAGCCCACCAGUACACUGGCAAUCAUAUUGAGCAUGCUUAAAGGUAUGCUUGGAGAAUAUCCCAACAGAAGGUUGGGGUUUGUUCAUAUUGACGAUGUUGUGGCAGCUCAUAUUUUAGUCAUGGAAGAACAAAAAGCUUCAGGUAGAUACAUAUGUUCAAAUUCAGUGAAACACAUGUCAGAGAUCAUUGACUUGUUAAGGACUAAAUAUCCAUCUUAUCCACUUGAGAACAAAUGUGGCAGCCAAGAAGGGGAAGACAUGGCACAUAGCAUGGACACCAGCAAGAUAACUCAAUUGGGGCUACCUCCUCUAAAGGGUGUCACUCAAAUCUUUGAUGAUUGCAUUCAGAGUUUCCAAGAAAAAGGAUUCCUAUGAGAUAUAUCUAAGAUGUCACCUCCAAUAUAUGACCCACAAGUUCUUGUGCUUGGGCAAAAGGGUCGAUGCAAACAUUUACGCUUUCCAUUACAACAAAUAGUACUCAAUAAUAUUCCUUUCUUUUGUAUCGAAAAGAUAAACUUGAGAUAAGUUUAUUUAAGUUGGUGAAGUUUAGAAAUUUAAUGUCAAGACUUUAAUAAAAUGGCUUACAAUAAGAUUGAGACUUUGUGA